AUGACAACAAAGUUCUACCAGCACAUCCUGGCAUUGGUGUUUGCCAUUCAUGAGAUCAAUAAGAAUCCCCAAAUCUUACACAAUAUCACUCUUGGGUUUUACAUCUAUGACAGCUUACGUGAUGACAGGAUGACCUAUCGAACCACUCUUGACCUGCUGUUCAAAUCACACAUUUUUGUUCCCAAUUACAAAUGUGGCACCCAGAAGAAUCUAAUGGGAGUCAUUGGUGGACUUGCAGCUAAGACCUCUUCCCGAAUGAGAGACUUCUUAGGUCUUUACAAGAUUCCACAGGUUGCUUAUGGUUCAUUUCCAUCAACAGUGAGUGAUCACACUGGUUUCCCUUCCUUUUAUCGCAUGGCCCCCAAUGACCAUCUGCAGUACCUUGGAAUUGUGCAAUUGCUUUUGCAUUUUGGAUGGAAAUGGGUAGGGCUCAUCACAAUGGAUGAUGAAGGUGGAGAGCAGUUUUUGAAGGCUUUUGAGCCAAACCUUUCCCAGAAUGGAAUCUGUACAGCUUUCACAGUUACUGUUCCAAUAAAAGCCAGAUUCCAGAGCAUUGGUCAAAUGAUCAGCCACUUUCUCACAAAUACCCUUGAUUUCAUGAAGAGCAAAGCUAAUGUAAUUGUCAUGUCUGGAGAAAGUACAUCCAUUUCAUGGUUGACUGGUAAGCUAUGGGCAAGAAUGUUUAUUCCACAAACUGCUGAGGAAUAUGAGGAGAUGAACUAUGCAGGAAAAGUGUGGAUUUUUACAGCUCAAAUUGAUAUCAUCUCACAUUAUAUCCGAAGGUCUUUUAAUAUGCAGACAUUCCAUGGCUCUAUUUCCUUCACAAUUCAAGCAAAUGAGGUAUUAGGCUUUCAAGAAUUUCUUCACACUAUCUACCCUUUGGGGGCUAGUGGAGAUGGUUUUAUCAAGUAUUUUUGGGAGCAAGCUUUCAGCUGUUCUGAUUCAAAUUCAGAUAUACCAGCAGACUCUGAUGAUGAACCACCAUGUACUGGUAAAGAGAAGCUGGAAAGCAUUCCUGCUCCUUUUUUUGAAAUGAGCAUGACUGGCCACAGCUACAGUAUCUAUAAUGCUGUCUAUGCUCUGGCACAUGCCUUUCAUGACAUGUACUCAUUGAAAUCAAAUCACAGAGCAAUGAAAUUUCUACGCCAUUUGGCCCAUCAGAGAGUGGAAUCCUGGCAGCUUUAUUCUUGGAUUCAGAGAAUUUCUUUCAACAACAAUGCUGGAUAUGAAAUUACAUUUAAUGAACAUGGAGAAUUAGCAGCUGGUUUUGAUAUUACAAAUGUGAUUACCUUCCCAAAUAACUCCUAUAUCAGAGUCAAAGUGGGAAGAGUGGAUCCAAAGGCUGCUCCAGACAAAAUGUUCACUAUCCAUGAGGAAAGAAUCAAGUGGCAUGGAGACUUCAUUCAGGUGCCUCCCUUGUCUCUUUGUAAUGAGGAAUGCCAUCCUGGUUCCAGCAGAAAAAAGAAGGAAGGAGAGAAAUUUUGUUGCUACGAUUGUGCUUCUUGUCCAGACGGGGAGAUGGCAGAAAAGAUGGACGUGGACUAUUGCACCAGCUGCCCAGAAGAUCAAUAUCCAAAUGAGGGCAAGGAUCACUGCAUUCCCAAGGUCCAAACCUUCCUAUCUUUUGAAGAACCUUUGGGGAUCACUUUAGCUUCAUUGGCUCUUUUCUUUUCUCUGGUCACAGCUCUGGUGUUUGCAGUUUUUGUUAAGCACAGGGACACUCCCAUUGUCAAAGCCAACAACCGGAACCUCACCUACAUUCUCCUCAUUUCUCUCUUUCUUUGCUUCCUCUGUUGCUUGAUCUUCAUUGGACAGCCCAAUAAAGUGACCUGCUUCCUUCGACAAGUAGCUUUCGGCAUCAUCUUUUCUAUUGCUGUUUCUUCAGUUCUGGCCAAAACCAUUACAGUGGUUGUUGCAUUCAUGGCCUCCAAGCCAGGAAACAUUUUCCGGAAAUGGUUGGGGAAGAGAUUGACAUAUUCUAUUGUCUUGUCCUGCUCUUUUGUUCAAGUAGGCAUCUGUGCUAUCUGGCUGGGGACAUUCCCUCCAUUCCCCAAUUUAAACAUGUACUCAGCCAUGGAAGAAAUCAUCAUAGAAUGUAAUGAAGGAUCGGUCGUCCUGUUUUAUUGUGUCUUGGGCUACAUGGGCUUUCUUGCAACAGUUAGUUUCACUGUGGCCUUCCUCGCUAGGACAUUACCAGAUAGUUUCAAUGAAGCCAAGUUCAUUACCUUCAGCAUGUUAGUCUUUUGCAGUGUUUGGCUGUCCUUUGUUCCAACCUACCUGAGUGCUAAAGGAAAAUACAUGGUGGCUGUGGAGAUCUUCUCCAUCUUGGCCUCUGGUGCAGGCUUACUGGGCUGCAUCUUUUCUCCCAAAUGCUACAUUAUUAUGCUGAGGCCUGAUAUGAACAACAAAGAACAACUAAUAAGGAGGAAGCAAUAA